AUGACCACUUCAAGCAAUUCAAGUUUAAGUGACGUUGAACCUUCGAAAACACCAAAGAAUAUUUUAUUGCUAGCGAUCGGAUCCAUGGGGGAUGUCCUUCCUUUUGUAAACCUUGGAGUGGGCUUUCGUCGACAUGGACAUAAUGUGAUCAUAGCUGCAAAUACUCGAUUUCGAUCAUUUGUGGAAGAAAAAGGUUUCGCAUUUAGAGAAGUAAACUGGGAUAUGCAGCAUGAAUGGGAAAAUACCGAUGCAGGAUCACCAUUUAUGUUCGAUUUCCUAAAACAAGGAUUUCAAAAAUCAUAUAGCAAUUCUGAGAGUGUUUUGAACAAUGUUGACUUUGUGGUUCUCGGCACAGGUGCAGCAUAUAUGUAUCCCGAAUGCCUUUUUCGAAAUGUUCCUGCUGCUUAUGUUUGUUUUUAUCCAUGGGCAAGCUCAAAAAGUUAUACAGGGGCUGCCUAUGGACGUUCAUUCGACUCAUUACAGUGGCUCCCUUUUCAACUUAAUGUUAAGAUAUGGAAAACUAUCGAUCAGGUUGCCACGUUUUGGUCGGACGUUGGUCUUUUACCCAUUUAUAAUCAAAGACUCAAAGAACUAGGAUUACCACCUGCAGAAAGGCUUCCGUGGUUGCCCGGUGGAGCUUUUGAAAAGAACCAAAUUCCUGUUAUUCAUGCUUUGAAUAGGAAUCUUAUCCAAAUCCAAAAAAAUCCGCUAAAUCCACUUGAAAUCCAGAUGGAUUAUCCAUCCUUAAAUAUCAAGGAGGAGUUAAAAGAUUUUGUUCCUCCACAUGAUCUGGUAGAAUUUCUUUCAAGAGGAAGGAGACCUAUAUAUUUCGGAUAUGGAUCAAUGCACAGUUUUAGUGAUGCAGAAUCUCGAGUGCUUAUAUGGCUGGAAGUUAUGAGCCUUUUACCACAAAAUCAAAGAGCGUUAUUUUCGGACGUUGGAAAUAUCAAAAUGAAGGAGUUGGACGAUGCUAUAAAAAGUGGACGCGUCUUUAUUAUUGAUCACAUUCCUCACUCUUGGUUAUUUCCACAAACUUGCUGCGUUGUACAUCAUGGAGGAUCAGGUACCACGCAUUCUGUGGUAAGAGCCGGAGUUCCAUCGGUUGUGGUCCCACAUUUUGCGGAUCAACCUUGGUGGGCAUCGAUUUUACAUCGACUUGGGGUUGCUCCUAAUACAGGAAUACAAGCAAAUGCGAUCACGACAGACAAACUAUUUUCGGCGUUACUAGAGGUGCUAUCAAGUGAAGAAAUUCAAGAAAAAGCUGCUAAAAUUGGAUCUAAAAUAAAAAAAGAACAAAAGCGGUCACCGGUUUCAAAAAUUGUAGCUUAUAUAGAGAAAUAUUGGGAAAAAACAAAAUGGGAUGUACUUACUUUGGAUGAUGAACAACAAAAAGUGAAAGUAAAGGACAAUUGGCGUCAAGUUAAUGGAAAUUGUUAUGGAAAUAGGAUGAUGAAUGGGAAUGAUGAUAUGCAAGACGUUUAUUUAUAA